CGUUUUCAUUUUGGCGCGCCUCUUCGCCUCGUCCCUCCCCUUCCCUCUUCCUCACAAAGGCGAAAACACCCCCCAAAAAUCCGCGGAGGGGGAGGCGGCGGCGCACUGGCGGCAAGUUCAGCGGCGGCCAUGGACGAGGGGCUGGUGUCCGUGGACAAGUUCAGUGGCGGCAGCCAGGCCUACUUCCUCACGCACCUCCACCAGGACCACACCCGGGGCCUCGGCGCGGCGUGCGGCUGGCGCCACGGCCCGCUCUACUGCUCCCCCGUAACGGCGCGCCUCCUCCCCACCCGCUUCCCGGGGGUCGACGCCUCCCUCCUCCGCCCCAUCGCCGCCGGAGCAUCCGCCUCGCUCACCCUCACCUCCCCGAUCUCCGGGCGCACCGUCUCCCUCCACGUCACCGCCCUCCCCGCCAUCCACUGCCCCGGCUCGCUCAUGUUCCUCUUCCGCGGCGACCUCGGGUGCAAGCUCUACACCGGGGAUUUCCGGUGGGAGUUGGGGUGCGACAAGGCGCGGACCGCGAAGAAGGCGCUCCUCGACGCGCUCGCCGGGGACACCGUCGACGUGCUCUACUUGGACAACACCUACUGCCACCCGUCGCUCAACUUCCCCCCGCGCCGCGUCGUCGCUCAGCAGAUAGUUGACCUUAUUCGUGCUCAUCCUGAUCAUGAAGUUAUUCUUGGCAUUGACACUCUUGGCAAAGAAGACCUCUUGCUUUAUAUAGCCAGAGCACUACAAACGAAGAUUUGGGUCUGGCCCCAGCGCCUACUGACAAUGCACCUUCUAGGCAUUGAUGACAAUCGAGAGAUCUUCACCACCCAGACCAGCUUGACGAGGGUCCGGGCUGUUCCAAGAUACGGCCUGAGCAUCGAGAGUCUUGAAGCUUUGAACACAGUAUGUCCAACUAUAGGAAUCAUGCCUUCAGGCAACACUUGGCUAUGGAGAAACAGCGAGGGAAAGAGCAAGUUGAGUGGCAAAGGACCAGCAAAGUCUACCAGAUGCAAAGGGCGAGGGCGGGGCGCAGUGGGCACAAUAGAGAUGAACUAUGAUCCCUCGUCACCACCAAAGCUAUUUGAGAAGGAUUCCUACACUCUGCCAUACACCGACCAUGCUUGUUUCACAGAGUUAGAGGAUUUUAUGCAAACAGUGCGCCCGUCAACGGUCGUAGGGAUUGUCAGCUCAUCAUACUGUUACGUGAAUCCUCGUGGUCACUUCGGCCAUCUCUGUGGAGACGAAGCGUGCUCUGACAAGACGCCCGUGAAGAACUGCGGGCAUGCUGGAAACUGGACGCCCGUGAAGAACGGCAGGCAUGCUGGAAACUCGACGCCUAAGAGAAGACCGAGUGCUUCGAAGACUCCAAGGAGAAGGAUGGUCAAGAUCUCCAGUCCAACACUGUACAGAAGCAGAGCUAUAAUGAUGAAAAGGAGGUAUUCCUGUGGUGCAAAGAUUGUAGAACCCGAAGAACCCAUCCCUGUCUCUUGAGAGUUAUCUCCCCUCCCCAAGUAAAUUUUAUCUUGCUCCUGUGAAGAUCAACAAGAGCUGAAUGAACAACCUGUCAUCGUCCCUUGAGUUAUCUCCCCAAGUAAAUUUUAUCUUGGUCCUGCAAAGAUCGACAGCAGCCGGAUGAAGAACCUGUCAUCGUCCCUUUAAUUAUUUCUUCAAGUAAAUUUUAUUCUGCUCCUGUAAAGUUUAACAACUGGGUAGGAAGAGCCUGUGCGACCUAGCUCCCUUGAGUUCUUCUCACAAGUAAAAUUUAUUUAGCUCGUGUAAUUAACAAAUGGAUGGUGGAAGCAGUGGGAUAGGAAGUGUUCUGAUACUGUUUAA